UCUUCCAACAUGAAAUUCCUGCUUGUCGUCGUUGGCUUGGCCCUGGCUGUCGCAGCUGAGGAGAAAAUCUUCUCCAGCUACCAUGAGGAGAUCGGUAUCCCAGAAGCUGCACGCAUCAAGCUCGCCGAGGAGGCUCAGGACUUCGACGGCUCCAGGAUCACUGGAGGACAAUUAUCUGCUGUCGGCGCACACCCGCACUUGGGUGGUCUAGUAAUCACUUUGACUGACGGCAGACAGUCAGUGUGCGGAUCUUCUCUCCUUUCUUCUUCUAGACUGUUGACCGCCGCUCAUUGCUGGAAGCAUCGUGCAAUUCAAGCUCUUUUGUUCACCAUUGUCCUUGGCUCCAAUCGUCUCUUUUCCGGUGGUCUUCGCAUCACCAGCAAUAAUGUCCAGAUGCACGCCAACUACAACGAACAGCGUCUUGCAAACGAUAUUGCCAUCAUAUUCACGAGUCCCAUCAGUUACACCAAUGCCAUCCAACCUAUCGCCAUCGCCAGUGGUAGUAACAGCUACGCCGGUACCUGGGCCACGGCUGCAGGAUUCGGAAGAACCAGUGACAGUGUUGGUAUCAGCAGCAACCAGGCGAAGAGUCAUGUUCAGUUGCAAGUAAUCACCAACGCCGUGUGCGCCAACACUUUCGGACCUUUUGUCAUUAUCUCCUCCACCCUGUGUGUCGCCACCCCUAACGGUCAGAGCACCUGUGGCGGUGACUCUGGUGGUCCUCUAGCUAUCGGCAGUGGCAGCAGUCGUACUCUGAUCGGUGUCACCUCCUUCGGCUCUGUCGCCGGCUGCACGAGAGGCUUCCCCGCCGCUUUCGCCAGAGUGACCUCAUUCAACGCCUGGAUUCGCGCCCGCCUUUAA